GACCGUCUCUCGCACUCUCCAGUGUAAUUUCAUCAACGCGCGGGAUUUCUUUGCCCAUUUCUAUUUUUUCUGUGUUAUCUAUUGAAGAAAGAAGCAUUCUUAGAUUAUUAAUUCAACGAGAAGGUUAUGUUUACCAAAACAUUGAAAGCAGCAUACAAAAACUCCAAAAUAUUAGUGUACUUUAAAAAAUUGUGAAAUGGAGCCAUUAAGGAUUUUUGAAAAAUUUCAAUUAGACCAGCUAGAUAAAAGUUGGGUUAAAUCAAUGUGGGAUCAAGAAUUUUUAUUUUAUGAUGAAAAAAUUCCUGGUGACUUUCUUCUUUUUAUUAAAAGUGAGGAUAUGGAAGUUUUAUUAAAAGAAACAUGUACCACUGUUAAAAGUUGGAUAGAUUUAAAUAAAAAUAUUGAACCAAACGAAAGGUCAGAAGUUUCUUGGCAAACUUUAUGUGCUUUAAGUGUUGAUCAAAAGGCACUAUUAGCCUUAUUAGGCUUUAUAAUAAAAAGUGGACAAAGUCUCGAUGCUGAUGAAGAUUCACGACAAGCCUGUCUUCUUGCAACAAGUUUAUAUCUAACUCUGUUAGCUAUUCCCGGAAGUAGUGCUUAUCAGAUUUUUCAUGAAAAUUUGUACGAAACGGUUAUAAGAUCUUUAGAACUGUCAAAACAUUUAAUGCCUGUGACGAAAAAACCUGUAAAAAGUCAAGAUUAUGAAAGUUUAUAUCUAAGAGAAGAAGAAUCAAGUACUUUACUCCAAACUGAAAGGAUUACUUUAACACACGGCCUUAAUACUAUAAUCUAUAAUAUGAUUUUGAUGUUAGAUUCCUGGUCUAUGAGAGAUUAUGUUCGAUCUUUAGAAUUAACGGUUCAUCUUCUAAUUGAAGUAACAAAACUUGGAACCGAUAUUUUGGAUUUCAAAUCACAAAUGCAUCAUUCAGAAAGAUCUGUAAAUUCCUUAGUUUAUAAUUCAUACGUAGCACUUAGAAAGUUAUGCAAUCCUAGACACGGUCAUGUUGAUGUAACUAUAAAAUUAAUUGCAAGAUACAUCCUACCUCAUAUGCUUUAUAAUUAUGUGAGUAUUUCAUCAAAAUCAUUAAAUAUCCUCAGAGAUACAUCAAUAAAUUUUUUGAAAACUUUACUCACUACUCAUCAGAAAAAUGCUGAACAAGGAAUCAUAAUUUUAAUUCAACAUUUAAUGAUAAAUUGUCCUGAAAGACUGGAUGCAAGACAAAAGCAAGCUUCUGUCAUUGCAAAACUGAUAAAUAUUUGUCCAAGAUCACUUUAUAUUAAAACAAUUAAAAAUGUCGUACUAUAUUCUUACAAUAAUAAGAUCGUCUGCAGAGUAUUUUCUCAGGAAAUCAUUGCAAAAUUAUUAGAAUCUCCAAAUGAUUUUUUAGAGCAAAACCAAAUUUCUGAUGAUAUUUUAUCUGACAUGAAUAUUAAAAGGAUUCUUCUAGCAACGGUUCUAAGUCGAUGUACUGAUGUGUCACCUAUGGUACGAGGAAGAGCAAUGCAGACACUAGCAGACUACACUGAUGAUAGUCAGAAUGCUCUUGUUGUUGACUUAUUUAAAGAGUCUAACGAUAUCGAUAUAUUACCAUCGUUAGAAGAUAUUCAAAAUGCUUUUGACAAAGAUAUUAAUUUAUUUCCAAAUCGUGAUACUCUUAUUGGAAUGCUUAGAACUCGUGUAGAAGAUGAUCGUGCUGUUUUACGAACCAGAGCAAUUCACAUCUUACGAAAUGGAGUAUUAAUGGUUCCAGAUCUACUAGAAAGUGUAUCUGAAAUAAUCAGUAAUCAUUGUCGUGAUCCUGUAAUGAUAGUACGACGAUUUUCUAUUCAAGUAUUGACAAUGCUUUUAGGAGCAUUCUCUAACGAUUCUAAUCUAUACAAAACUUGGGUGAAAGCUGUAAUGCCUCAAAUUUUUGAUGUUGAAAACAGAGUGCAAGAAAAAGUGAUGGAAUCUAUGGAAAGUAUGAUAAUCGACAGAAUUUCAAAUUCUACAACAAAAGAUGAUGAUCUCCCUUGGAAAAUUUUAAAUGAAUUGACACAAAGGAAAAUGAGAAAACAUUUGACACGCGCCUGUGAUUCUUGGGUAAAAAACGAUAUUAUAACAGACUCAUUAAUAUUAAAAAUUCAAUCGCACAUUCAUUCUAAAAAUAACAUUCCUGCUUGGGUUCUCUUAUCAGCAAUUGUUGAGAAUAAAACAUUACCAAGCAUGAAAGAAUACUUUGAAGAUUAUGAAAGUCUCUUCAGAGGUAAGGGUUUUUUUGAAUAUCUUGCCUUAGAAGUCUUACGAUGUUGUUGGUCAACAUUUGACAACAAAUUUCUUCAGAAGCUUUCAGAGGAUUUAUUACAACUCUUUCAAAAAUCUUUAAUAAAUCCGGAGCUUAUUAGCAUUUCACUCGAUAUUCUUUAUGAUAUUUUAAAGAACUUAAACCCUUCAGAGCCCAAGAAAAUUGAAAAAAGUAUGCACGACCUAAUCAGACAAUCAGAGAAAGUGAUAGAACGAAUAAUUUUGGAUGUAGAGCAUACUCAAGAAGAUAUAACAAACUAUUUGAAAGCUAUUUGUACGUUAGGUCAUGCUUCAUUUUUAUGUACGAGUAAUAUCAAACUUCCUGUAUUAAGAAUACUUCAAGGAAUGUUGAUAGAUUGGGAAAUGAUGCCUUCAUCACUUAAAAAUGUUCGAGAACUCCAAGCAUUAACAGUUGUUGCUUUAGGUCAGCAAGCAAUGAGAGAGCAAACUAUCGCCUAUGAAAUGACUCCAAUUUUUGGGCAAUUGUUGAGUGCUGGAGUAGAUUCUUCGAAUGUUGAAGCUGAUGCGGCAGUAAGAGUUAAUGCUGCAAAAGCUCUUGCUGAUGUUUGUAUGAGAUUUACUGCUCUAGUUGAGCCUCAUUUACCUGACAUGUGUAUAUGUAUGAAAGGUGAGAAUACUGCUGUAAGAGAAGCGAUAGUUGUAAUAUUUAUUCAGUUGCUUGUCGAAGAUUUUAUCAAAGUUAAAGGUAUCUUUUUCUUUCACAUUCUAACCAUGCUUUCCGAUUCUGAUGAAACCAUCAGAGAAAUGACUGUUUUUCUCAUUAGAGAGAGGUUGUUAAUGAAAAAUAAAACUCUAAUUUCACAGCAGUUUUUAGAAAGCCUUUUUCAUUAUAACAAUUACGAAAUAGACAAAAAAUACUAUGAUAGAAAGAUGCGGAAAGAAGAAAUGGAAGCUUUAACCUUACCCGGUCAAAUCAAUCAAGCAAAACGAAGAAUGAUUUACGAUUUUAUGUUAGAACACUUAGAUCCUCCGGGGAAGCUGAAAAUUUUAGUAGGAUUAACGAAUCAGAUUUUAAACGGGAUUGCUGGGGGACGUAUAAAAGUUAAUGAAGAAAAGGGACAAUGUAUAUUGAGAGAUACUUUGUACAUUAUUGGUAGUGAUUAUCUUCAACCAUCUUCUUGUGGAAAUAAACACAAUGAUGAUGAUAUGGAAGAAUCUACGAAUAAUGUUACAGUAUCUCAUGCAGCUAAUGUAAUUGUUGAAGGAAUAAAAAAGCAUUAUUAUCAAGUCCUUUUACCAAAUUUAAUGAGAUUAAAGAAAACAUUAGCCGAACAAUCAAAUCUAGUUGAAGAAGUGAGAAAAUUAAUUAUAAAAGUAGGCUCUGAACUCAGUAAAGAUCAAUUGUCUUCUCUAUAUAAUGAACAUCCUGAAAUCGAAAAUGAAUUGGAAAAUGAUUUACGGAAGUUACAUAAGAAGAGCCAGCUUUAUACAAACGAAGAACAAGGAGGAGAAGAGGAAAACAGUGGUGGUAAUGAAGAUGAAAGUCAAAAAACAGAGGGAGAAAAAAAUACUUUAAUCUCUGAACCAUCAACACCUCAGGCGCAUCCUUUAUUGGAUAGUGAUCGAAUUCCUCGCAUUAUAUUACAUAAACUUCCACUUCAAUGGGAAAAUAUCAGCUCUCCUCUCAGUUCCAUUGAUAUACCAAUACAUUCAAAUCAAUCAAUUACCAGUAGUGGUAAUAAUUGUAAAAUUAGCAGUAAACAAACAAACGAAAAUUCAAGUUAAUUUACUACUAAUAAUUCUGAAGAACCGGGGUUAAGUAACACUCCAAAACCUUCAAGAAAACACUAAUAAUCGUCUUGAUUUUCUAAUCAAUUUAUUAGAAUGAAUUAAAUCCUUAUGAAAAUUCUAUCUUCUAAUUAAUUUCAUUACUGAUGUAAAUAGUUAUACUAACACAAUCCAAAAAUUUAACGAUCACUAACGUUUCGUGUGAUUCUAUUGUACAAUUUUGCGCUUACCUUUUAAACUCGUUCGAAUUUUGAAAGCAGUUUGUGAUAUUAUAAACGUUCGGGACUCCAACUCUAAUUGUAUACCUGAAAAUAAUGUAAAUAGGUAUUAAAAAAAUUAUCCACUAACAAA